AUGAAUAUUGGCCUAAUGCGCUAUCUACAAGGCGAACAUUUCCGAGUGUUAAUUGCGAUAGAAAUGGGCAUGAAGAAUCAUGAGCUGGUACCGCUGCAGUUGAUUUCUUCAAUUGCUGGUUAUCAUCGUGGGGCAGUAUCGCGUACUCUCUCAGAUCUGCAGAAGAAUUCAUUGGUUUUAUUUACACGAGGAAAACGAUGUAUGUGUGUCUGUGUGAAAUUGUUAUUUGCAUUUAGUUUUAGCGAUUUAUUCGUAGGAUUUUUCAGUUUUUGA